GAUGUGGUUUUUCAUCUUUGGUUGGUUUUUUACCGCAUUUGUUGUUCUUGGAAACGUUCUUGUAAUUUAUUUGAUCAUCACAAGACCUCGAUUACACGUUGCAACGAACUGGUUCAUUCUUUCUCUAGCACUAGCCGAUUUCUGCUUUGGAUUAAGCUACUUUCCGAUAAUUUUUACUUCGUAUUUCGACGCUGAAAUAUCCACCGAUCAUACAGGGCUAUGGUUCAAAAUCAGCCAUACAUUUCUCUAUUCUUCAUGUGUAAAUUUAUGCGCGCUGAUAACGGAUAAAUUUGCCACAGUUAUGAAGCCGUUGACGUACGCUUCCUAUAUGACACAAAAACGACUAUUGUCUACGAUCGCUUUAGCAUGGAUUUCACCGUUACUUCUGUUCACAUUACCCUCGAUUUUCACAUAUUCAGGAAGAAACGAAUUAUUUACGUUUGUUUUCGAAACAUUCAGAGUACUUAUUUUUCAGCUUGUGCCAAGCGUAAUGUUUGUUUUGAUAACAGGACGUCUUUUCCUGAUAGCAAUAAACAUUUCGCAUCAAGAAAAACUUCUACUUGCCCAACUCAAGUUUAAUUUUUGUGAGGAGCCGCAACAAAGUGUUAAGAGAAUCAAAGAAAAGAAAGCUUCUAUGAAAAUGAUCUUCUUAAUUAUUUUAUUCUUCGUUCUUUGUCACCUUGGAGGAAACUAUCGUUGCUUUUGUUUCACCUUCAAAAUGUGUGUCGCUUCGGAGACUUUGAAAAAAGUUAUUCACAUCUGUUUUAUUAUAAACUCGGCUUUGAAUCCUUUAGUAUACGCUAUUUUGAAAAAAGACGUGAAACAGGAACUGAAAAAGGUGGCUAUGGCAAAAAAGCAGUCAUUGGUAAAAGCCUUUAACCAGAAUUCACCAGAUCGUUCACUUAAUUGAAUUUCGUUAGCUUUUACAUACUUUAGUUUGUGACAAGCCUGACUGCAGAGGAUGGCAGAUGCACGCACAUUAAUUUCCUUUCCUGUCAAACAUUUCACACGUCAGAAUC